AUGAAGAUCAAGGCUAUUUCUCGAUCCAUCGAGGCCUAUGCGCCCGCUGGAUCCAAGGCGACGAAGCAACCGAGGAACCUCGAUCCCGCCCUGCACCCUUUCGAACGUGCGAGAGAAUACACGCGAGCCCUCAAUGCGACCAAGAUGGAGAGAAUGUUUGCACAGCCGUUUAUUGCGCAGCUAGGCGAUGGCCACGUGGAUGGUGUUUAUUCUCUUGCCAAAGAUCCGCAGGAUGUGGAGAGGUUCGCCUCUGGCUCGGGUGAUGGUGUCAUCAAGGUGUGGGAUCUGACUAGCAAGACGGAAACAUGGCAAAACACAGCCCACGAGAACAUUGUAAAGGGAAUGACCUGGACCAGAGACCAAAAGCUGCUCACGUGCGCAAGCGAUAAAACGAUCAAGCUGUGGGAUCCGACGACACCAAGCAACUCGGCGCCCUUGAACACUUUCCUCGGAAACGCAGCAUUCACGAGUUUGUCUCACCACCGGUCGCGAAAUGCUGUUGCAGCUUCCUCUGGAUUAAACAUUAGCAUUUUUGACCUUGAGCGCCAGGGUGCUGCACCUGAGGUGCUAGCAUGGCCAAACUCUGUCGAUACCAUCAACAAGGUUGCCUUCAACCAAGUUGAGACGAGCAUUCUGGCCUCCUGUGCCAGUGACAGGAGCAUUGUGCUUUAUGACUUGAGGACAAACACGCCUUUGGCAAAGACGAUCCUAAACUUUGCGUCCAACUCGUUGAGCUGGAAUCCAAUGGAAGCUUUCAAUAUUGCUGCAGCAAGCGAAGAUCACAACGUAUACAUAUUCGAUAUCAGGAAAUUCGACAAGGCUCUCAAUGUGUUGAAAGACCAUGUUGCAGCUGUCAUGGAUGUUGAAUUUUCUCCUACUGGUCAAGAACUUGUGACUGCUUCAUAUGACAAGACUAUCAGACUGUGGAGCAGAGACAAGGGUCACUCGAGAGACAUUUACCACACCAAGAGAAUGCAGAGAGUAUUCUGUGCCAAUUUCACCCCGGACGCCAAGUAUGUGCUGUCUGGAUCAGACGACGGAAACAUUCGUCUUUGGAGAGCAGAAGCAUCCAAGCGCGAGGGUAUGAUGUCUGGUCGCCAGCGCCAGGCCAUUGAGUAUAACGAGGCUCUAUCGAACCGCUAUGCUCACAUGCCCGAGAUCAGGAGGAUCAAGAGACACAGACACACUCCCAAGGUUGUCAAGAAGGCUGGCGAGAUCAAGACCGAGGAGCUCAAGGCUAUCAAGCGGCGUGAGGAGAACGAGCGAAAGCACACCAAGAAGCAGUUUGAAAAGAGAAGAAGCGAGAGAGAAAAGGCCAUUUUGGCCAAGGAGAAGUAG